AUGCCUCCACCGCGGUUACAAUGUCUCAAUGGGAUGAGAUCAAGCUUAGGGAAGGCUUCGAACCUCGGGGCUGCUUUCUCGACGUCCAGUAAUGUCCGGGCAGAAGGACCUCGACAACCAAACCCCUCCAGCUCGACAUUACCAAAUUCUAAUAAUGACACACGUUUUCCAACCUUCGCCAGAACCGCGCCACCGAAUGCUGUGAAUCUGCCCACAGGGUCUCGAUCCAAUGUGGAUUACGGUGAUGGCGGAGAAAAAACACUGCGCAUUGCAAAACUCCUCAACAAACAGAUCUUAAGAAAGGAACGCAAUGAUAGGGAUACCAGAAACCAAAAGACAGAUCCGACCAGUGCCCUGUCUGCGAAAGAGGAGAUGCAGCUCAAUGAGAAUUCUUUGGCGUUGAGUAAACAGAUUACGAGACGCUAUGCUGCGGGUGAUGUCUACGCGCCCCAUGAUCUGCAUUGGGUGGAGAUGCAGAAGUGGAAGGCAAGGUCGAGACCGAAGUAUGAUGCUUUUGAUGCGCUGGAUAUGAAGCCUUUGGAUCAUUAUAGGAACUUCUCUAUGGUGUCUGAGUACAUGACUCCUAUGGGAAGGAUUAAGCAUUCUAAGGAGACGGGAUUGCGUCCGGUUAACCAACGUCGGAUUGCGAGGACGAUUCGGAGGACGAUUGGGAUGGGUCUGAUGCCCAGUGUGCAUAAACAUCCGGAGAUCUUGAUGAAGGCGCAUUCAAAGGCGCAAUUUUACAGACCUAAUGGUGUUAGGUAA